CGUCGACAUGGAGAAGAUAAACAGAGAAGUAGCUCCGUCCUUGUUUACCUCUGAAAUAGGCUUUUAAAUGUUCAUAAAACACAGCGUUUUAUGCCAUUUAUAUUGAAUUAAGUUAUAUUUUAUUGAAGCUACGUUCCCAGGGGAAAAGCUAAUGGUCGUGACAACAUGGAGAGUGGCCUGAGUCCCCAGGAUAAAAAAGACUUGGACAAGUUCAUUAAGUUCUUUGCCUUAAAGACUGUCCAGGUGAUUGUCCAAGCGCGGCUUGGAGAGAAGAUAUGCACUCGCUCGUCCUCAUCGCCUACUGGCUCUGAUUGGUUUAAUUUGGCCAUCAAAGACAUCCCAGAGGUGACUCAUGAAGCUAAAAAGGCGCUGGCUGGACAACUCCCAGGCAUCGGGCGCUCCAUGUGCGUCGAGAUCUCCCUGAAGACGUCAGAGGGGGACUCAAUGGAGUUGGAGACAUGGUGUCUGGAGAUGAAUGAGAAGUGUGAUAAGGACAUCAAGGUGUCGUACACAGUCUACAACCGUCUGUCUGUCCUUCUGAAGUCUCUGCUGGCCAUCACCAGAGUAACACCCGCCUACAAACUGUCCAGAAAGCAGGGACACGACUAUGUGAUAUUAUACAGGAUUUACUUCGGGGAAGUCCAGCUGAGUGGAUUAGGAGAAGGGUUUCAGACGGUGCGUGUCGGUGUUGUUGGCACACCUGUUGGCACGGUUACACUGUCAUGCGCUUACCGCACCAACCUGGCAUUCAUGUCCAACAGACAGUUUGAGAGGUCUGCUCCCAUCGUGGGGAUCAUCGUGGAUCACUUUGUGGAUCCACCUGGCAUCGGCCACCGUAAUGCAAACAUGGGACAUCCCUGCAACUACAGAGCUCUAGACGAUGAGGACGGAGGAUAUGUAGGAGUUCAGGAUUCCCAGGAGGUCUGCACCACCUCCUUCUCCACCUCCCCUCCCUCACAGUGUGUGUGUACACUGAGUCCCUCGCCCUGUAAACUGUAUAAGCCCCUCCCCCUGGACAGUCUGCCGCUUCCAUUGGCUCCUGGACUUGUCACUCACACUCUGUAUGCUUCCAGGUUUUCAUAUCACCCUCCAGCUGGAGCUGCUGAGCUGUGUCCCCCUGCUGCAAGCCAGGCGUUGCAUGCUGGGAAGGAGCACGGAGGAGUGGUAUUGGCUCCUGCUCAACCUCUUCAUGGAGCUGAUGCUCAUCUCACGGUAGAACAAGCUGCCAACACUCCUGGUGGCAGUGGUGAUGACGAUGGCCUGACGCACAGUGGAGAAAGAAGGAGGGAUGAAGGGCGGAGGAGCGUCUCUCCCUCUGACCCCGUGGAGUCGCUCAACGCCUUCACCAGGAAAAUUGGAGCCUUUGUCAAUAAACCCAACACACAGUUAACAGCAGCCAGUCUGGACCUGCCCUUUGCUGCAUUUGCUCCUCGGGGCCUGGACUUAGAGGAGAAUGAUCCCAUGGUGCAGCCUCCGGACUCGCCCCCCUGCCCCUCCCCUCUGCAGGCCAGCCUCCACUCUCAGGGCUCGGAGGGAUCGGGGCAGCAGGACGACUUCGUCAUGGUCGACUUUCGUCCAGCCUUCUCUAAAGACGACCUGCUGCCGAUGGAUCUGGGCACUUUCUACAGAGAGUUUCAAAACCCUCCGCAACUGGCCAGCCUCUCUCUUCACAUCAGCGCCCAGUCGAUGGCCGAUGACCUGGACUCACUGCCAGAGAAACUUGCCGUCUACGAGAAAAACAUCGACGAAUUUGACGCUUUUGUGGACAUGCUCCAAUAAAAGAGUGAAAAAGGAGGAAGACUACAUGUGGGAUGGUGGCAAAUGAAACUGACUGGAGACUCUGUAGUCAUUUGUCCUGUAGGAAUCUGACUAAAUCUCAAUAUUUCAAUGUGAAGCUCCUCCUUUCUGACACCUUCCUCUCUUACCUUCCUGUCAGGCACUUUCACGUCACUUGUACAGAUCACUGUAAAUAUUGUAUUAUCUCAACUGACACUGAAAUACACCUAUCUCUGAUCUGGUAGUGUUAAUUUAAACUAACAAUCGUUGUGUUCUAUGUGGAACAAAUCUGCUCAAAUCAUCAGUGUUUUAAUCAGGAUUUAAAAUCAAUUCUGUCACUUAGACAGCCAUGCAAUUCAAGGACAGACUGCCUGCACACAAUUCAUUCACCCUCCCUCCUGAACACUACUAGCCUCCGAAGGUUUCCCCUUCUUCAUGGUCCGAUCAUAACGCCGGGGGAGCGAUCAGUGGCUCUAGAAAUCAAACCGAUACUGUGUGGAAGAGUUUUCUUCAAAAGUGAAAUAUUGAGCUGGUCUUAGCAAAUACAUUGCACUUGUGGAGGAUAUUAGGAUGUCAUUUAGAAAUGUGAGAAGCCUGUUAUUCAUUUAGCCAGGUGUUCCAGCUGGUCUGGAGAUUGCCAAGGUCAAUGUUAGAAAACGGCCCCAAAUUGAAUUUAGAGAACGACCUGCUAUCCUUUAUAUGUACACACAAAAUGUUUCCAUGCUAAAGCAACUUGUCGGAACUUCACUCUCUUGCCAGUAUAGGCCGUACAUGUAUAUUCAAGUUUUUGUAAAAAAAUAGGUAAACACAUUUCCAUCUCUCUACAGAAGAGGCCGUGGUCACCAUCCAUGACUGAGUUAGGUUGAAAGCUUUAAUUUAAACUUUUUGCUGUUGGUAUAGAUGUCCUAAUAAAGCAUGGCUGCUCUGUGA